CACUCAGCAGCAGACAGACGGGUCGACCUGAAAAGGAACAUCGAAAUAUCUGCAAAACCCGACAUUACAAGGGUUUAUAUAGAAAGUGACCACUGCACUGUACAUGUUAUAAGACUCGAGGCAGAAGCCGAGAAGUUGUUUCUUACCUGGCGUUGGGUAAGGGCCGUUGUCAGCUGCCACGUUAGCAUGAUGGAGUCUCCCUACUUUACCGCACUGUCGUACCUGGGACCGGUAUGUAAGGGCAUCAGCAUAACGGAGAACCUGCUAGUGCUGGUGGUUCUGGCCGGAACCAAACCUCUCCGCGCUAGGUUCUACGGGUUUGUCUUCAACCUAGCCCUUGCCGACCUCGUCUUUUCGGUAUUCUCAGUGGCUUUCCACUACUCGCCAAACCGCCUGACCAUCCUGCUGGAGUUGAGUCGUACUGGCUACGUGGUGUCCAUCUUGACCAUUUUGGCCGUAGCAGUCAACCGCUACCUGGCUUUGUCGCUGGUGCCCGCGGGUCGCUACGACGCGCUGUUGACGCCAGCACGCCUGAUCGGGGUUUGCCUGAGUCUGUGGUGCGGGACCCUUCUCGUUUACGUUCUUCCAGUCUUCGUGACAUCAGACGAAACUCGCUCUGUUAUCAAAAGUUUGGCUCGACCGCUCGGUAUGAUUAUAAUAUGGGGGAUCACCGCGGUUUUGUAUUGCCUCGCGUUCCGUAAGAUUAAGCGCUAUGCGCCACCUCUGUCCCAAAGCCAAGGUAUCAGUCCGAAGUCUGAACAAGCGGAAACUCGGGUAAAGCAGACCCGCCGUUUGCUCGUCGCGUUUGCCUUCGUUCUCGCAACGUCCUUCGUUUGCUGGAUUCCGUUCAGCAUCGGCCGGUUGGUGCGCCAUUUCCAUCCGCAGCUUUACUCCCAAAACGCGUCUUUUCACGCGUUCUAUCGCACUUCCACGUUCCUGUAUUCCAUCAACCCAAUGAUCAACCCUAUGGUGUACUGGUGGAGGCUGGGAGAGUUUCGUGAAGGGUUCUACGCUUUGUUCUGUCGCUGCUGUGUGAAAACAGAGCAUACUGAAGCGGAGGACACUUUGGAAAUGGAACAGACUGUUGCAGAAAGCGCGGAUCCCACACAAAAGGAUGAAUGACUGAACGGACUUGCCUUAAUUGGUUGGACGCGUGAUAACGGCCUUAAUACCCGUUGGCAUGUUAAUCGCGAAUUU